UAGAAUGAACUAAUGUCACAGAGAACAGCAGGUGAGAAAUAACUUCUAUGUAUUAUUUCAACUGUAAUUUUGUUCAAGAGGAUCAACAUUUCAAUUUCGAGAAAAUCUUGUUUGGAACAUUUAGAAAACAUCACAUGUGACAUCAUGGUAAGUUGAUUCAAUUUGUUUGUUUCAGUGACAAAAAGUCAUAAGUUUCCUUCCAACGACAAGUGAUCUCAAACUGCUGGCAAAAGCUAAUUUCUGUUUACCCACUUUAUUCAUAUAGUGUCCACUGAUGAGGCAGAUGUAUUAAAGUAACUAGACAAACAGCAUAAGCUUAGAUAGUUGCACCACCUCUCUCUCAUCUUGUUUUUUUAUUCUACAUGACUAUCAAAGUUUCUAAUUUAAUGAAAUAUGUAUUUAGUCUGAUCAGAAAAGAAGUAAAAUGGCAUAUUAAUGGUUACAAACAGGAAUGUGAUCAAAAAUAAAACAAGCAAUUUGAAAUCAGUGGGAGUAACGUUUCCAAAUAAACAUAUCUACGCCGAGAUUUUUGAUUAAUUUUAUUUUUAUGUAGUUUUAUAUUUACAUGAAAUGUUCAGUCGGCAAUCAUAUAAAUCCUUUUCCAAAAUUCACUCUUUCAUUCAAUCUGCACUUAAACACAAAGGGAGCAUGACAAAUAUCAUCCCUGCAUGUAAACCCUUAAUGCUGGUGUCAUGCUGUGUCUAUCACUCUUUCCUUCUCCUCUAGGCUACAAAUUGUGGGAGGAGCCCACAUCCUCCUCCUCCUCCUCCUCUUCAGGUGAGGAGUCCCAGGCCGUCCUAGGCGUCCUCUCCUCCCCCUCCUCUGACUACUUGGUUCGCUCUUUUUUGGGGGAGGGUGCCUUUGGAAAAGUCGCCAAGUGCGUAAAAGCAGCCACCAAGGAAACGGUGGCCGUGAAGAUAAUCAAGAACAGCAACUUUACAUCUGAGGCACAGAACGAGGUGGCCAUCCUUCAACAACUGAGAGCUUUUGACUCAGACAGAUUCAACUUUGUCAGAUGCAAUGAUGCUUUUAUUGACAAAGAGCACGUUUGUCUUGAGUUUGAAAUGCUGGACGUGAGUCUGAUGGAUUUCCUAGAGAAGAAACCGUCCCGCUCUCUCUCUGUGAAAGAAAUCCGCCCAAUCCUGCACCAGAUGGCCACAACCCUACAACUCCUGAGGAGCCUAGGAGUUGUACAUACAGAUCUCAAGCCAGACAACAUCAUGAUGGUGGACCGUGUAAACCAGCCACUGAAGAUUAAAAUGAUUGACUUUGGCUUGGCCUGUCAUGUCUCACAGACACAGUGGGGCUCUUACAUCCAGCCACGCUAUUACAGGUCUCCAGAGGUCAUCCUGGGAUUUCCCUACACAGUGGCCAUUGACAUGUGGUCUUUGGGCUGCAUUGCUGCGGAGCUGUUCUUGGGCUAUGUGCUGUACCCUGGCAGCUGCGAAUAUGACAUGCUAAGACAUAUGGUGCAGACUCAGGGUCAGCUACCGCAGCAACUUCUCAACGAUGGAGUCAAAACUAUCUGUUUUUUCCAGAGAAAGAGGUGCCGUGAACGUCGGUGGAGAUUAAAGACACCAUUUGAAUAUGGACAAGCCACCUGGACCGAAAGCUAUUUCACCUCCCUGGAUGAUCUGAAGAAGGUAAGGCCAGCCUGUCAUCUGUCAGAUCAGGGCACCAUGGCAGAAAUGGAAGACCGGGAGAACUUUGUGGAUUUGCUGAAGAAGAUGCUUCAUCUGGAUGUUCAUAAAAGGGUAACACCCAGCCAGCUUCUUGAGGAUCCAUUCAUCACCAUGAAUGACAUUGCAGAUAGCUACCCCAACAGCUUCUACGUGAAAUCGUGCUGUGAAACGAUGGAAGUCUGUCAGGAUCAGAGUCUGAGCUCUGAUAACAGGGACCAGCAGGCCUCCACCAGCACCACCAGAAGCGCCAGCCUGGACCAGCAUAAUGUCUCCCGCCAGGUCCCUCCUGCUUGGCACAGUCGCCAAGAGCAUCCCCUCGUACUGGGGAUCGCAUCGGCCGUCUCCAGCUGCCUCUCCAUCCACGAGGACCAGAGAUCAUCAGAACCACAGCAACUUAGCUUCUCCAUUCACGAGGAAGGGACCCGGCCAGAGCGGCAGUUGCCCAUCACCUCUGAGCAGGCUCAGUCCAGCAAGGCCAUAACUAAGCCUCAAGGGAAAAGGACAAGGGCCACUUUUAUUAGGCAGAAGAGGAGGAUGAUGAGCCUUCUUCAUGACUUCAGACAGGCUCCAACUGAAGGUCCAAUCAGCACAGCUGAAAUUAAACCACGGAGGAAACUGACAUGGGCCACUUUUAUAGCUGCACACAGCGGCAGCAGAAGUCCGGACGGCUCCUCAUCAGAGAGAAAGAGGAGGAAGAUGAACCCAGACGGUGUCCAGACACUCAAAGAGUUACCUCAAAACUCCAAAGAGGCUCCAACUGAGGCUACAUCCAGCAAGGCCAAAGCGAAGCCUCAGAGGAAAAGAAUGUGGGCCACUUUUAUAGCCUCACACAGUGGGAACAGAAGUCCAGACAGCCGCUCGCCAGAAAGGAAGAUGAGUCUGCUUUAUGACUCAAAGGAGGCUCAAAUUGAAGCUCCAUCAAGUGAGGUCAAAAUGAAACCUCGUAGGAAAAGGACGUGGGUCACAUUUGUAGCCUCACACAGUGGGAACAGAAGUCCAGACAGCUCCUCACCAGAGAGGAAGAGGAGGAAGAUGAGCCUGGAUGAGGUGGAGACACAAACAAAGAUGCUCCACAACUCUAAUCAGGCUUCAUCAAGGAAGUCCAAACGUUCAGAGAGUAACAACAAAAACCCAGACUGCGAGAUGAGAGGGAAAAGGAGAAGAAGACAAGUUCUGGAUGGGCUGCGGACGCACAAAGUAGGCUCUCAUAUGCCAACACACACACUUGAAUUCAAUAUAUUUUUAAAUCUGUUUGCCAGAAAAUGUCUUGCGAUAUGAGUAUAACAGACUCAGCAACUCUGUCUCUCCAUCUGUGAGUACAGAAGUCCACCAGAUGCAAAAAUACUCAGCAACUCUGAGGAGGCUCCAGCGACGGUGGCCCAGGACAAGUCUGAGGACAAGAAAAGUGGCUGGUAAAGAUUCGGAGAAUGGCAACAGAAGUCGAGACUGCAGCUCCCCAUAGAGGAAGAGGAUGAAGAUGAGGGUGUAGACACACACACACACAUAUAGGCCAAUGGAUGUGAGAGCAGCGCCGAAGAAGUGCUGAAGAAGCGCAGAGGGAUGACGGAGCAGACCAGAUCCACGGUGCAGGGUGACAUCAGGAGGUUUGUAGGUCAAUAGUAACGCCUGCACAGGUGGAACAAGGAUGAAACACUCAUCCAGUAUAGUUUUUAGAUGUUACCCAGAGGAGAGGAGGAGAUACUGGGAGAGUUAUUCGUGAAGAGCGCUCCCUCUUAUAAAUUUUUUACAUUUAAUUAUCAGCACCAGGUUUUUUUUUUUGCCCACUAGACACUAAACUAUCUCUGGAAGGGGGGUUCCCUCUUGUUUGGUCCUUCCCAAGGUUUCUUCCAGUCUCUACCGUUAAAGGGUUAGUUUGGGAGUUUUGCCAGAGCAGAAGCUGGGAGAAACCCAGAGCCAUGCAGCGAGCUCUGCAAUCAUUGCUGUAAAAAAUAAAAAUGUAUUAUUAAGCAUUGUUUGUUUUGUUUAUUAUGAUUGUAUAGUUUGUGUUAAUAUCCUAUGGCAACAUUGUAUUGUAUGCAGUCACGCCAAUAAAGCCAUGAGCCAAGAGAUGACGCAACUCUCUCUCUCUCUCUCUCUACGUGGCUCUGGAGAAACCGUAGCUACUAGUAGGCUUCAGCAACUAGGAGUAAAAC